AUGGCCCCGAGCACAAGAGGGAAGGAGCUCCCACCCAAUUCCUCCGACUAUAAUCUCGCACAGCAACUGUCAUUCCUCAGAUCAGCACGUUCCCUACUCCACAACCCAGAAGCCAAGCUCCUUCCAAUUCACACUCUUUUGCGCAUCCUUCGGGAGCGGGACGAUGCAAAAGACAUACUCACCAUCCAGCUUUUUGAUAUGCGCGCAAGGAAUGCCUUCUUCAAUACAUUUGUCGUCGGCUCGCAGACCCAGCCUUCCUCCUUGUGUAAAGGCCUGGAGCUUCACUGGUUUUCCGAAUUCCUUGUUCCUUAG